AGAAACCAACUGUAAACAAUCUGCGCAUAACGGAACAGUGAUUAACGGACUUUUACCCUGCGUGCGCAUCAUUAUUAGAAACAUAAGAUCGCUUGCAAAUCAGUGCACAGGGGACGUACAGAAUUUUAACAACCCUGUUUAUUAUCAAUUGAAACAGCUGAGUUGUGACAUCAUAGUUUAUUGUAAAAUUGGCAGAUGUAGAUCAAAGUAUUCUCGCCCACAAAAUAGUAUUGUAAACAAAAAUCAUAUUUCAAACAACAAAUUGAAACUAUAAAAAGAGUAAAGAUGGAUUUAAAACAAUUAGAGGCGGAGGCACGGCAAGGAGCUUUUAAAGAUAUAAAAAAUAUGUUGCAACGUUCAGGACAGUUGGAAAAAGUGGAUCAAUAUUGUAAUCGAGUUGCACGUAAAAAGGCUUCAUUGGAUGCGCUCCUGAAAACUGGUAUGCAAAAUCAAUUAGAUGGUGUACGUGUUGGUCUUAAACAGUUGGAAGCAUGUUUACAAGAUACACGUGAAGUUAGAAAUCGAAUGGAAGAGGUUGAUAAAUUAUUGCAGCUCGUGCCGGAUAUAUACGAUGCGUUAGAAGUGGUGCGAGAAGAGAACACGAAACAUUCACAAUAUGCAACUGCAAUGGAAAAUCUAAAGCACAUAUUUAAUGUAGAAAGUAGUGUGCAAAAAACUAUGACUUUGAUAGAAGAAGACAAAUUGUUAAAUGCCCAUCAAUGUUUGGCUGACUUAGAAAAUUCCAGAGAUGAUUUGCUCUAUGAAUUGCAUAAACAACCAAAACAACAUGCUUCCGAUAAGAUAACUUUAAAACGUCAUUUUGAAAAAGUUGAGACGGUAUCGCAAGCGCUUGAGAAGAAAUUGCGUCUAAUAUUAAGCCGUACUUUAAAUACCGUUCGGAAAGAACCAACAAUUAUUGUGACUGCUCUUCGAAUAAUCGAAAGAGAAGAGAAAAAUGACCAAUUUGCGUUACAACAACAAAAAGUAACAGGGUUUCUACCACCGGGAAGACCGAAAAAUUGGCGUGCUCUUGCUAUGAAUGUCCUACAAGAGGCUGUCGUAACUCGUAUUGAAGGCUCGAAACUGGAGGAACGUACAGAUAAUAAAAUGUGGUUAGUGCGUGAUUUGGAAAUUUUGCGACAAAUUAUAUUGGAAGAUUUACGCGUUGUUAAAUCGUUAUGCGUACCAUGCUUUCCACCACAUUAUAAUAUUUUUAAUGAAUAUGUCAAAAUGUAUCAUGAGGGACUCUCGGCUUAUCUUGAUAGCAUUGCCAAAUCAGGAUUAGAAGGAAAUGAAUAUGUUUCUAUGCUUUCAUGGGUAAUGAAUACUUAUCCUGGUCCUGAACUAAUGAGACAUGCUGAUUUGGACGUUGACGUGCAAAGGGUUAUUGGACCUUUGUUACGUCCAGAGCAUUUAAAAUCAUUAGAAGGUGAAUAUUUACGAAAUAUGCAGCGAAAUUAUCAAGAUUGGAUGACCAAAACAGCAGAUACUGAAAAACAAGAAUGGUUUUCUGAACAACCUCCUGAUCAGGACGAACAUUAUUAUCAUACUUCAGCGCCAGUCAUAAUCUUUCAAAUGAUAGAUCAACAUUUGCAAGUGACUAAUACCAUACAUGCAGAGCUCACUUUUAAAGCUCUUGUUAUGAGCAUACAACAAGUGGAAGUAUUUGGGCAAAGUUAUUUAAAAAAUGUGAUCGAGCUCAAGGAACAUCAUUUCCGCAAUCGAGAUCAAAUAAAAUACUUCACACAUUAUAUCAUUACAAUUGUGAAUAACAGUCAACAAAUGGUAGAACUAGCACAGCAAAUGAAGCAACUUUACUGGCCCAAAUCACGUACUGAACAUUAUGAAGACUUUGAAAAAUUACUCGCCAUAUUCCAACGUAUACGCGCUCAUGCUGCUAACUAUCUUUUGGAAGAGGCGUUUCUUGAUAUGGAGGGUCAUUUCAAUGAUCUUUUUACUGUGAAAUGGCUUACUAGCAGUAUAUCAGUGGACACUAUAUGCGUAACACUCGAUGACUAUUUUCAAGAUUACAAUCAUUUACGCCCAACAAAUUUUGAAAUGGUGAUAAAUGAGGCACAAAAAAAUUUAGCAAAACGUUAUAUAAAAGCCUUGCUCUCCAAACGAGUGUCCAAACCUAGGCCAGAGUGUGAUCCAAUUACACGUAAAAUAAAUCAAGAAGCUAAAAGAUUUAAGCAAUUUUUUGAAAAAAUCGCUCCUAAUAUAUCUAUGGCAGAUUCUCCAUUAGAUCUAAUACAAACGCUAUCGACAUUACUGGUCUGCGAUAUUGAAUUGUUAGUUUUAGAUUUACACACAAUCUUAGGUAACUAUCCAUCGUUGAGCGAAGAUCAAAUAGUACGUUUGUUCUACAUAAGAAACGAUGUAAAAGCCGCUGAAGUUCGUGGAAAAGUUCAAGAUGCAAUGAAAUCUAAGAAAGCGAUGGUAAGCAUUGCCAAACAGGACUGCAUAUUUAAAGAAAUAGUUUUCAGCGAUAAAUUAUGGUAAUAAGUAAAUGUUUAAUAUAUAUAAAUGUAAAAUUUGUAUUUCAAAGAUUAUUUGGAAUUAU